UCCCGGAACCAAUGUGCUCAGCACCGAGAGGAUUAGCUACGACGCCAAAAGGAGGCACACGACCCGGCUCUUCCUGCGAGACGGUUGGUGCCUUAGCAACUAAACAUAGCAACUGGGGAAUCGGAACCUUGCGCGCCGGUCGAGCAGUUUCGAGCCUCCAGCGUGAGGGAACAGUUCUCUUUUGCCUGCGAGUCUGGAACUAUCUCAUUCUGGUCAAAGAAAGAGCCAGUCGAGGACCAGAAGCCUUUCGCGGGUAAAAGGCUGAGCAUGACCGUGCUGUAUGACAGAUUGCUGAAGCUGAAGGAGAUGUUUAUCUCCAAGUUUGGAUCCUCUCCCAAAUUUUAUGUUCGAGCCCCAGGAAGAGUCAAUAUAAUAGGAGAGCAUAUAGAUUACUGUGGAUAUUCUGUACUUCCAAUGGCUGUAGAACAAGAUAUGUUAAUAGCUGUGGAACCUGUGAAAACAAACACUCUCCAACUGGCCAACACAAACCCCUUAUAUCCGGACUUCAGUACUAGCUCUAAUAACAUUCAGAUCGACAAAACCAAGCCUCUGUGGCACAACUAUUUCCUAUGCGGAUUUAAAGGAAUUCAGGAACACUUUGGUCUCAGUGACCUGACUGGAAUGAACUGCCUGGUAGAUGGAAACAUCCCGCCAAGUUCUGGCCUCUCCAGCUCCAGUGCCUUAGUUUGUUGUGCUGGCUUGGUGACACUCACAGCACUGGGAAUGAACCUAUCCAAGGUGGAACUUGCAGAAAUUUGUGCUAAGAGUGAACGUUAUAUUGGCACUGAAGGAGGAGGCAUGGACCAAUCCAUAUCAUUUCUUGCAGAAGAAGGAACCGCCAAGUUGAUAGAAUUUAGUCCUUUGAGGGCAACUGAUGUUAAACUCCCAAGUGGAGCAGUGUUUGUGAUCGCCAACAGCUGUGUGGAAAUGAACAAAGCAGCAACUUCCCAUUUUAAUAUCAGAGUGAUGGAGUGUCGGUUGGCUGCAAAGCUCCUGGCUAAGCACAAAGGCUUGCAAUGGAACAAAGUUCUGCGACUGGAGGAGGUACAGGCUCAACUAGGGAUUAGUCUGGAAGAAAUGCUCUCAGUCACAGAGGACGCCCUUCACUCUGACCCCUAUAGCCCUGAGGAGAUCUGCAUGUGUCUGGGUAUUAGCCUGGAUGAACUCCGAACCCAGAUCCUGAGUCAAAACACUCAAGAUGUGCCCAUCUUCAAACUCUACCAACGUGCAAAGCACGUAUACAGUGAGGCUGCGCGAGUGCUUCAGUUUAAGAAGAUAUGUGAAGAAGCACCUGACAACAUGGUCCAGCUGCUGGGAGAGUUGAUGAACCAGAGCCACAGGAGCUGCAGGGACAUGUACGAGUGCAGCUGCCCUGAGCUGGACCAGCUGGUGGACAUCUGUCGGAAAUUUGGGGCUCAAGGAUCACGGCUGACUGGAGCAGGAUGGGGAGGCUGCACAGUAUCAAUAGUACCUGUUGACAAGCUGCCCGGCUUCCUAGCAAAAGUGCACGAAGCUUUUUACCAGGGAAGUGAUGGAAGCUUUGCACCUGAGAAACAGAGCUUGUUUGCUACCAAACCUGGAAGUGGGGCUUUGGUUUUCCUUGAGGCCUAAACAAUGUAAAAAAAAUCUCAGAAAAACUAUUUAGGGCAUUUAGGAACUGGCAGGACUUCCUAUGCCACAGUAAAUUAAUUCUCUUUCUGUUCUGUAUUAUAAUUUACAGUUGCUAUUAUCAAGAUGUAUUUACAAACAGCUGAAAGCUCUCUAUGCUUCAUAAUGAUUAUUUUUCCAUCUUCAAAUAGGAUUUUUAAAAACUAAUCAGAGACAACAUUAGACUUAGGUAUUUUAAGGAUGAUUUACUGAGACUGUCGAUGGGGAGAUUUUUAAAGAUAAAUGAUAAAACAUUCUAAAUACAUGGAUUGGACUUGACUUAAAUAAACAUACUGCUACAAUUAAACUGAUAAAAUUGUGUCUAUUAUUCUUGAAUUUAAUUAAUUUCUGGUUUCUCACUGUGUUCUACUUCCUCCAAUGUGUAGAAUUCCGUUGAUGAUGAUGAUUGUGAUGUCAUAUAUUCUAAAUCCAUGCUUUCUUCAGAACGCUGUGAAAAUAAUACAUGAUUGAAAAUUCAUAAAUUUUCUUGAACACUGUGUACUUGAAUGUGAAAUUUUCCAAAUUAUUAAGAUGGUGAGGGUCACUUUUUUUUUUUUUUUUGCAAGCGAUGAAUUGGAAUUAGGAAGAAAAACCCAGGAUCAUUUAAAUUGUUUUUUUUUAAAAUGUAUUAUCAUACAAUUCAGUUCUUUUGGCACUUAAACUACACUUGAUCUUAGCCAAGAGGCCGAGAAGCGAUGCACUUUAACUAUCUCCAUCACUCAAUAGUUAACUUAGAUGACACUGUGUCUCUCAUAUCACAGUGAAAUAUAGAAUUAUCUAGAUAAUAAUUCAGAUAAUUUGAUUUGUUCUUCCCACUCAAUCUUUCCUCAAAUGCAUCUUCAAUCCAAGAAACAUGUAUUCUGGAAACUCCACUGAUGCCUUCCAUCACUUUUGUGUGUGUCUUCAUGAGUAGGUUAGUGAGGGUUUUUUUGUUUUGUUUUUUGGUUUGUGCUGAGUAUUUCAGCCAGUAAGGUAGGUGUGCAGGAAUGCCGUUAUGUUACCCGAGUACUGUGGCUAGUGUAGGGAUAUAGGUAUGCAGGGAUAUAGAUGAGAGUAGCAGGAAAAGGCUUAAAGUUGAUUCUAGGCUUGGUAAUAGUAUUGGUGGGUACCUGUGUGUAUUCAUCAAGAGUGGAAAGGAAUGUUUGGCCAUGUGAUGGUGGCAAAUGAAUGACUUUCGUUCAUGGUCAGACUACAGGAAUGCCUUCCUGAAUUAUACGGUAAUUUUGACCAAAACACAAUUAGCUUAAAUAUUCAGAUAACUGAGAAACAGUAGUUUUGCAGUUUGAAUUAUCUAGGAAACUAUCACAAUUUUCCAUUUUUCUUUGAUUUUGAUUGUUCAUUGAUGCGCAACUCAAAGAUUGAGCAGCAUCAUCUGGAAUCUCAGUUUUACAGUGGCCUAGGCAAAGUUGGUUAUGAUAAUUCUUAAAGGACAACAUACAAAAAGUAUUAGAAAAAUAUUCUGUUGUAAAAUGAACUUCUGAUAAAUUUUUAUUCUUAGCAGAAAGGUAGACACUUGAGAAUUCUUAAUUAAACUUUGUUGAAAAAAUUUUGAAUUCUUUAAAUUCAAGUUGUUUAAAUUUAAAACCCCUUGUUUUUAAUGUCUUGCAAUUUUCCACAAAGGAUUUGUCAUGUGUGUAUAACUUUUUAAAGAUACCUGAAUCACUAUUAAAAAAAAAAGAUACUUGUCAUUGCCUUGCUAUACUACUUAAAUUUUUUAACCGCAUGAUUUCUGCUUUGCAAUAGAUGAAUAAAAAUUUUGUGUGUACU